AUGCUCUACUUUCCCUACUGCUUCCCAGAUGGAAUCAAUAUGUUGACUCUACUGGCUUAUGAUCUGAACUCUACAUUGGCUUCAUCCUUCGAGAUGAACUAUCAGAUUGACAACUUCCCAUCAGGGGCACUCGAUGUAGCCUCCCAAAUAUACUACUUGGCCUUUGUGGCUCCUGGCCAAACCAGCCAACUGACGAUAGUGGCACUCCAGCUGCAGACAUUUGAUCAAACUCACUACACAAUCGAUAUCGGUGAGGAAGUCCUAAAAACGGACAUGUUGCAGUUAUAUGGCCAUGGAUCGAACUUGUUCCUUGCAAAGUACCCCAAUGGCACAAUGGGCGAGAUCUUUGUCUCAUCCAUCAACUUAGAGUUUGGACAGAUGACUAAGCUUAUAUCCAUACCAGAUCGAUAUAUUCCAGCCUACACUAGUCCAUUCGUACACAGUUACACCUACUCACCAUUUGUCCAUGACACUGAGAACAACUUCAUCGUCGUACUCGAUCAACCGAGCACCACCGAGCUGGUCAUCCACAAUCUGGACAUGGAGACUUUGAACGUCACUUUAAUAACUGUCCCCAACAACAUCCCUACUGGACGUAACCUCUAUUACGCCUAUUAA